AUGAAGAGUAAUGGGUUGUGGGGUUUGAGAUGUAUCCUGGGGCAGCGAGGUGGCCGAAGCCCGAGGCUCUCGAGCAACAACCCCAAUCCCAACCACCUCGCCGAGUUUCGCUUGGGAAAUUGGGACACAAACGAGGCCAGACUAUCGAAGCGGAGAGCGCAACCGAUGAAUCGCGGACUGGUACGGACGAUGUUUCGGCUGCCUGUCCACCCGCGGAGUCGGCUCGAGUCCACAAGACACUUCUUCAAGGGACGUUCUAGGGCGCCCCGAGUGUGCUGGCGUGCGUGGUCGGUGUGGUCGGUGGCUCGGAUGGCGGACGAGGCCGGUCUGGAGGCCUGUUCGUCUGCGCCUGAUCACGGGGUGCCGUGGGCUCUGGUCUGCCAGCUGCUGGUUGGGCUUCCGAUAGCGCUAUGGACAUGGAAGUGCCUCAUGCUCGUCCUCUUCCAACGCCGCCUGAUCUACAUGCCCUACUUCCCGCCCGGCUCGCGCACCCAAGAGCUCGACCCCGCCGACCCGCUCCUCCAAGGCCUCGCCGUCCGCACCCUCUCCUUCCCACCCGUGUCCGGAAGUCCGCGUCUGGACGGCCUCUUGCUCACGCCUUCCUCGCUCGGCUCGGACGCGCCGGACGGCCUGAUAUUCUAUCUCCAAGGCAACGCGGGAAACACGCUGGCGCGGCUCCCCGUCUUUCGCGAGCUGCUACUCCCGCCAUCGCGGGCCGAUUCGCCGAGGCUCGGUCUAUUUGCGUUAUCGCCACGAGGAUACUGGACGUCUGGGGGCCCGCUACCGUUCCCGUUGACGGCGCUGACCCCUCCGGGGUACCGACAGAGCCAGACGGGCAUGCUGCUGGCCAAGCUGGAGGCCACCGGGGCCGGCGGCCGGACGGCUCGGGCCCGGGUGGCCGGGCUGAUCCUCGAGAAUCCGCUGCCUUCGGUGCCACAGAUGGUCAAGGUACUCUAUCCCUCCAAGUGGCUGCCCUACCAUUACCUCGGCCCGCUCGCUCUCGACCGAUGGCACUCCGCCGAGGCCCUCCAGGCCAUCGACACCCGCUUACCGAUCCUCUUCAUCCAGAGCCAACUCGACGAGCUCGUUCCGCCUUCUCUCACCCGCGACCUCUACGACCUCACCCGUUCCGCCCGUCUUUCCAAAUCCCCAGAUCUCGAUCCCCGGGUCGCCUACUCUGUCAUCCCUCACGCUUUGCAUGACAACGCUUUCUCUAAAUCGCGUUAUCGACUCUCAAUCCAUCAGUUCAUUUCUGGAACGAUGCCCUCGAGAACGUAA